AUGACACCAGGAUGUCGCCACAAAUUCGAAUUUUAUCUCAGCAUGUUUAUUUGCAUGUGCUCUCUUUCUCUCGAACCACAACCCUCUGCACCACCUCUCACUUUUAAUCUAACCCUUACAUUCGCAUUCUCUGAUGCAAGAAUGAGGGCACAGUUCACUCUGUUGGGCUUCAUGCGUCUCCUUGGGAAAAUCCUCCAGUUCGGCCUCUUUGCCUUUGUCUCGUUGUCUGUCAUUUACACCACAAAUGUGUUGUUCAUCUCGCCAUUGUCGUCAUUGCUCUCAUCAACUCUCGGCUUUGCGUUGGGCCUCUCCUUGGAUCAUCAGACUACUCGCCAGCUUCACGAAGAACCUCCUGUGGUGCAAUUAAAUGUGACGAGGCCUUUGUAUCCCCGUGUUGGAAACGAAGAACAUUGGGACGCUGCUACCUCGACUUCUCCUGGGCUGUUCAGCUGGGCUUCGAGCGACUUUAUACUGGAGAGCGGUCUCGGACAUUCUGGAUACGUCGACGUGGACGACAAAGUUGUUUUGUCAAAAGCAUUUGCAAACUCGAUGCAUCCAUCCAACGUCAUCCCAUACUUCUAUCGUGCCCAAGGUUCUUUCGACUCGGAUGGUAUCACGAUUACAACCUUGAUCACAAGCAAUCGAUUCGAAGUAUUCGCGCGUCUCGUCGAGAAGUACCAAGGUCCUAUCUCAGUCACUGUUCACAUCAAGGACGUUGCGGAGCAUGUUCAAGAGAUCUUGGAGUCUCUACACGAAAUGUAUACCUCGUCAGCAACAAUGGUGACCUACGUUGACGUCCAUCUCGUUGUCGAUGCCUUCGAUCGACAGUUCAACACCUGGCGCAACAUUGCACGGCUCUUCGCUAGGACAGACUUCGUGAUGAUGCUCGAUAUCGACUUCUACCCCUGCACAGACUUCCGCUAUGUGAUCAAACGAAGUUCGACGAUCUUGAAUAAGCUCUAUUCUGGAAGGGUGGCUCUCGUCAUCCCAGCGUUCGAGUAUGUGGAUUUUCAUGAAGGCACGAAUUACACUGCGUUUCCGACGAAUAAAGCUGAACUCCUCUCUCUGGUCAAGCAACAUCGCAUUGGGAUGUUUCAUGCUUCCUGGGGUCCUGGUCACAACAGCACAGACUACAAACACUUUUACUCUGCGCGCUCUGGAGAGGUCUACAAAGUCACCCGCUAUCAAUCGGCGUACGAACCCUACAUAAUUCUCAAAAGAGAUGGCCCGCCUUGGUGCGAUGAACGAUUCAUCGGUUACGGAGGAAACAAGGCUGCUUGUCUUUUUGAAAUGUACCUCUCUGGGAUUUCGUAUUAUGUGCUUGCCGACCACUUCAUCAUUCACCAGAAUCACCUCUACGAGGAAUCGGCUCGCAAGACUGAGCGAAAAUACAACCGGAAAAUAUACUCCGACUUCAAAGAAGAAGCCUGUUUGAGAUACUUAAAGAGAUACCACGAUAAUGGGUCGUUGAAGUCAGAGGUUGCACAGAACGCACUCGGCGAAUGCAAGAAGAUCAAAUAUGUUUUUCGAACCGCCAGGAAGGCCUCACCACCAGCACGCCAAAUCCAACUCAAACGCACGAUGGCACCACGGAUCUUGAUAUGCAUGACAAUCGUCUGGGCACAUGAAGAUGUGCAAAGACUACUGGGAGAUAUCGCCGAGAUCGUGUAUGUCGAUUCGCCCGAUCGGAAAAGCUUCCUAGCAGGGUUUGGUCCUGGGGGAAAAUACGAAGGCGUCGUCGGGAUUUACAGGGAGAACGAAUCAGCUGCGAAAAUUGGACGGUUCGACAAAGAGCUUAUCGAUGGGCUACCGUCGUCAGUGAAGUGGAUUGCGCACAACGGCGCCGGCUACGAUCCGGUCGACGUCCAUGCCUGCAUCGCGAGGGGUAUCUACCUCUCAAACACUCCGGGUGCUGUAGAUGACGCCACAGCUACGACUGCGCUGUAUUUGCUUAUCUCGACACUGCGCCAGUAUUCUGUCGCGGAACGAUCUCUUCGCGAGUUGAAGUGGAAGCCCAACGGUAUCAACCAGAAGACCCACGACGUAACUGACAAGACGCUGGCCAUCCUAGGCCUCGGAGGAAUUGGCACACGCCUUGCUGUCCUCGCCCACGCGUUUCCAAUGCGCAUAAUCUACCACUCUCGGCAUAAAAAUCCCGACGCCCCAGAGUUCUGUGAGUAUUUCGAGAAUGUCGAAGAGAUGCUCGCACAGGCGGAUGUUCUGAGCGUACAUGUACCUCUGCGACAAGAAACUGUUGGCCUGGUAGGAGAGAAAUGGAUCAGAGCGUUGAAGCCGGGGGCCAUUAUCAUCAACACAGCUCGUGGUGCCAUCAUCGAUGAGGAAGCCAUGAUUAGAGCAUUAGAGGAUGGUCAUGUUGCGGCCGCAGGACUUGACGUUUUCCCGAAUGAGCCUCAAGUCAAUCCUCGCCUCCUGGAGCUCCCGCAGAUUACACUUCUUCCGCACAUGGGCACUGAGAACCAAGAUACUCAGCGCAAGAUGGAAGUGCGAGCAUUGAGCAAUCUUCGAGACUUCCUGAUGGUGGGCAUGGGAAAGGAUUUGGUGCCGGAGUUCAAGAAGACCACCGCGCAAGACUGA